AUGGCCGACAACCCCGACGUUCCAACCACCCAAAAGGCCUUCGUGCCCCUCGAAAACAACCCAGAAGUAAUGUCGCACCUCGUCCACAAACUAGGCCUCUCGCCCACCUUCGGCUUCACAGACGUCUUCUCAAUCGACGAGCCAGACCUCCUAGCCUUCGUCCCGCGGCCCUCCAACGCCCUCCUCCUCGUCUUCCCCGUCUCCAAAACCUACGAAGCAUCCCGCACAAAAGAAGACAGCAGCCUCCAAGAAUACACAGGCCACGGCCCCGACGAGCCCGUAACAUGGUUCAAGCAGACCAUCCGCAACGCCUGCGGCCUCAUCGGGCUCCUGCACGCCGUGUCAAACGGCGAAGCUCGGGACCACAUCAUCCCGGGCUCGGACCUCGAUACGAUUCUGGCCCAAGCACGCGAUCUGGAGCCGGCGAGCCGCGCGGAUCUGCUUUAUGAUAGCAAGGCGCUGGAGUGUGCGCAUGAGGAUGCGGCGAAGCUGGGCGAUACGGCUGCGCCGCAGGCGGAGGAUGAUGUUGAUUUGCAUUUUGUUGCGUUUGUUAAGGUUGGGCAGACGCUUUGGGAGCUUGAUGGGAGGAGGAAGGGGCCGUUGGCUAGGGGGACGCUGGGGGCUGAUGAGGAUGCGCUGAGUGAGGCUGCGUUGGGGCUUGGUGUUAGGAGGUUCUUGGCUAUGGAGGCUGAGGGGGGCAAUCCGGAUUUGAGGUUUAGUUUGGUCAGCUUGGGGCCUGUGUUUGAUUAG